AUGUCUGUGGCUCCUCCUAGAACCGCGCCGGCUAAAAAGCCUCCUGCCUUUGUACUCUCGUCACCUGAAUCCGGACCCUCAAAUAGCCCAUCCCCAACAUUUGACCCUACAACAACACCUGCUCUAACAGCCGCUACCGCUGCUGCUGCUGCUGCUGCUGCUGCUGUCACUGCCGCUACAAACGCUACUUCUUGUUCUUCAUCAUCAUCAUCAUCUUAUUCUUCGACUGUUCCGCUUGAAAAGUCCCAGUCUUAUGUCAAUCUUACCACUUCGGCUCUUCAGGGUGUUUUUGGCUCCCACGCGUCUCUCGCAGAGCUCGCGGGUGACGUGCCUUCUCCGCGCCCUGGACGGUCCACUAUUGCAGCUGCCGCAGUUGCAACAUCCUCCUCUCGUCUUAAUCAAUCUUCAUCAUUUAAUACCCAACUCCAUCCUUCUAUCUCGUCCUCUUCCACCACUACAAAUGAAGACUCACUUGAUCUCGCUGCGGCUAACUAUCUACUGGAAAACCCGCGUCCACGUACUCGCAGACCUUCCUCAUCAUCUUCUUUCUCGGUCGGUGGCAAUAAACCAAACGGCACAAGCUUCGAUAAGUCCCAACAGAAUGGGGGCCGCCCAGGGAGCAGCGGCAGUGAUACCAUUUUCCCUGCAACCUAUCUCGCAGCUGAUGGCUCUGUAGCACGUCGCUCUGUAUCUGCUAUUGCACUGCGGCUAGGCGCACUCUUUGCCAUUGGCGUUGCUUAUGGCCAGCUAGCGAAAAAUUUGCAUGAUAACCAGCAGGUGAGCACCCGCAUAUUUACCUUGGACCCCACUUCCACCUCGCCUACUCUACGUUCACUUGUUCUUUUUUCAGCCAUUUGGGGGCUCCAAGCGGUUGUUCUCGGCGUGCUUUUACCCACCGUUGAUAAAAAAUUCCCCCAAGGUUCUAUCAAGCCUGCAACUCUCUCUACACUCAUAAACGCAGCCACUUCCGCAGCUGCGGCCUCCUCCGCAUCUCCUUCUGCUCCUCCCUUACGGCCCACCUCAGUUGACUCGGCUGCUGCAGCUGCAACUGCAGAAGAGGAAAAGGAACAACAACAGGAAAAGGGUGGCACCGACUGGGUCUCUGUAAUUCGCGGCAGUGCCGCGUUUCUUGGCGUGGCCUAUGGUGUGCGAAAACUCCCUUGGGAGUCCUCAUCCCAGGUGGCAUUCCUGUGGAGUUGUUUGAACCCCAUUUUAUGGUUUUUGUUUGACGGUACCCGCAAUGGCUUUAUUGUUUCUGCAAGUACCGCCAUUAUUGAAACCAUUGGUUUCUCUUUCUUUUUUUCCUCUCAUCUUCCACCUUUUGAUCUCGCCGGUGGAGUAUACCUUUCGGUGGUCACUUGGGUCGCAAGUGUUUUGUUUUGCUGUAGUAUAUGUUUUGGCAAUCUUGGUCGUCGCAUUCUUUCUAAUUAA